AUGCAUCUCAUCUUUCUUGUUUUUGUUUGCUACCUACAAACACUAUUGCCAGUGGUUGUAGCAUGCCCAACCCCAGGCAACAAGAAAAUUCAACCCGGAAAAGCAGUCUACUUUAUCACAAACGAAAAAGACAAUGCGGUAGUUGCCAUGAAAAUUGCCGAAAAUGGCAUGCUCACAAAUGGUGCAACUGCUUCGACCGGAGGAGCGGGCUCCAACUUUAUCGACGGCGAUACAAAACAACCAGCCGCCCCGGAUGCUUUAGCAUCUCAGUCAGCUGUAACCAUCGCGGGCAAUUAUUUAUUCGCCGUCAAUGCCGGAUCAAACAGCCUUACAAUGUUCGCCAUCAACUCGGCAGAUCCAACCAAGCUGGCAAUGGUUGGCCAGCCCGUCGCUGUUCCUGGAGAGUUUCCGAACACUGUCGCUGCUUCGAAAAAGAACAAACUUGUGUGCGUGGGUUCUUCUGGUGCUAAAGCCGGAGUCUCAUGUGCAUCAUUCUCGGCAAAGGGCGUUAGUACCAUGGAUGGUCUGCGGCCUGUCGAUCUGAAGCAAACGACACCUCCAGCUGGACCAACCAACACCAUUUCUCAGGCGUUCUUUUCCGGCGACGAGAGUGCCCUACUUCUCACAGUCAAGGGCGACCCAACGAAAAUGAAUACUGGAUUUCUGGGAGUCUAUCAGGUGGAACAGGCAAAUGGCGUUGCAUCUCUCAGCCAAAAUGAAAUAAGAUCAUCGCCUAAUGGCACUGCCGUCUUGUUCGGAUCAUCGACAAUCCCAAAUUCGAAAGACAUAUUUGUUACAGAUGCCUCUUUCGGCGGUGCUGUUCUCUCCAUGGACCCAAAGACCAAUCAGGCUACCGUAAAGGGCAUGGCGAAGGUUGAUGGUCAAAAGGCCACAUGCUGGGUUGCGAUUUCCUCGGCGACAAAUUCUGCGUUCGUCACUGAUGUCGGGAGAAACAUUAUGGUAGAGAUGUCUCUAAAGGAUGCUAGUAUCAAAGGCAAGAUAGAUCUUGGUGCGAACGGCGACCCUGGUCUUAUUGACUUGAAAGCCGCUGGGAAGUUCAUCUAUGCUCUUAGCCCAGGAAACGGUACCACGCAAGCUGCUAUAACGGUAGUAGAUGCUAUGGAGAAAAAGCAGGUUCAACACCUAAAUGUGCAAGGUCUGGGAGCUGGCAAGAACUCUCAAGGAAUGGCUGUUCUGUUGUAA